AUGUCUGCGCUCUCCAGGCUGUUAGUCUCUGUGGGCUUGCUAUCUCUGUUUCAUGCUGCAUACUCAGCCCAAGAAGUCUCGAUUAUAGCCACCCAACUACACGUGAAGCCUGAUUUACCUGUUGACAUCAAAGCAGAGACCUUGGUGGCAGUUUUUCUAGCAUGUCUAGGUCUGGUUCUUGGUUCCGAUCAGCUGAAACCCAUAGCAUGGAACGUCUGGGCAGGGAACAUUGAAAAAGAAGGCGGUGCAGCAAAUCCUUUUAGACUAUUCGAGGACCGACCCAAUUACCUUGACAUUCGGGCGAAGCGGCGAGAGUUCGCAGAGUGGGCAAAGAAUGGAGCUAUUGGCGCGUCCUGA